CUCGCCUGGCGUUUUCCCUUUCUUGCCUAUCGUAAUUAUUGACAACACAACACGGCAUGCCUUCCUUCUCCUCUCUUCGGACUUCCUCUCUGUCUGCCCGACAAAUCCUAAUCCAAAGGCCGCUUACCCGCCUGUCUUCAACCGCGCCAUCUUCUAAUCCUUCCUCUUCAUCUUUACCCUUGCUGAUCAAUACAUGCAACCAUGGCUCUGAUCAGCAACACGUUCCGGCUUCUUGGUUCCUCUUGAAGUGGGUUUCGGCCAUUGUAUCUGGCUCGACUCUUGGGAUUCUAUGUUGGUUUUCUGCCCCCAAUUUCGGGUUCGAUUCUGAUUUCCUAAGGAGAUCAUUGGCUUACGCGGACGGUUCGACGGCGAGGACCGACAGCGAUGCUAAUGCUGGAUGGCAUAGAACACGCUCACUGUUAAGAAAAUUAUCCUUGCCGGAAAGGACUGAUCGCUUGCUAUUUGGAGAUGCAUUCAGAAGAAAGGUUUUCUUCAAUUAUGAGAAGCGCAUUCGGUUGCGAAGUCCUCCGGAAAAGGUUUUUGAGUACUUUGCAUCUUAUCGCACACCAGAAGGAGAAUUACUCAUGAAACCAGCUGACCUAAUGCGAGCAGUCGUGCCUGUCUUCCCUCCAUCCGAAUCCAAACUUGUCAGAGAGGGAUACUUGAGAGGAGAAAGAAGUCCUGGCCAGUUACUCUGUCCUCCUUCAGAUUUUUUUAUGCUUUUUGAUGUAAACAAUGACGGGCUUAUAUCUUUUAAGGAGUAUAUCUUUUUUGUAACUCUACUCAGCAUCCCAGAGUCAAGCUUCUCAGUGGCAUUUAAAAUGUUUGACAUAGACAAUAAUGGGGAGAUAGAUAAGGAGGAAUUCAAGAAAGUGAUGGCAUUGAUGCGAUCUCAUAAUAGGCAAGGUGCUUACUGCAGGGGUAGGCAGCAAACUCGCCUCAAGUGCAAUGAUUCUGUAGAAAAUGGAGGGUUGGUGGAAUACUUCUUUGGAAAAGAUGGAAAGGAACGUCUCCAACUUGAUAGAUUCAUACAAUUUAUGAGAGAAUUGGACAACGAAAUUAUCAGGCUUGAGUUUGCCCAUUACGACUAUAAAUCAAGGAAAUCCUUAUCUGCCAAGGACUUCGCACUCUCCAUGGUUGCUUCUGCUGACAUGAAUCAUUUAGGCAGGUUGCUUGAUCGGGUUGAAGAAUUAAACAAUGACCCAAGUUUUAGAGAACAACGAAUUACAUUUGAGGAGUUCAAAAAUUUUGCAGAGCUUAGAAAAAAAUUGUUACCUUUUUCAUUGGCCCUCUUCAGUUUUGGGAAAGCAAAUGGCCUGCUAACAAGAGCUGACUUUCAACGAGCUGCAUCACAUGUGUGUGGUGUCUCUCUAUCUGACAAAGUGAUUGACAUUGUUUUCGGUUUGUUUGAUACUAAUCGGGAUGGGAGCCUGAGUUCCGAGGAGUUUUUGAGAGUCUUGCACAAGCGAGAGAGAGACAUUGCUCAACCCGGGGAGGCUGGACUAUUUGGUUUCUUGUCCUGCUGCUGCCGGAACUGUGUAGAUACCUUGUCACUUUCUCGACUGCUUUCGUAACGCCACCUUGGUUUGUAUCCAGCACCUACCCUCAAGACGGUGGACACACGGUUUCUGACAACUUGUCUUGUGUUUUGUAAAAUCAAUGCUUGUCACAUAGGUGUUUGCCCCAAUCUGAUAUCCUCACCCUUUCACCCUGUAGAUACUAAUCUGUAACGUCGUAACAGUGACAUAGAAAUGGUACCUCAAGUUUGCAAUUUGCUCCCAUCCAUUUUAGAUUUUUAGUUGCAGUCCUCUCCUGUAAUUUUUUUUUAGGUCCCGAUACUAUUUUUGUUUAACUAAAUAUAUAAAUAAAAUAGCGAUGCUAAUUUCUUUUUA